AUGGGUUUCUUCAGGUCUGUCAUGGCGGCACUGGUUCUACUCGCAGCCCUAACGACGGCGGCAAAGUUUUGCGAUGGUCGAGUGUGCUACUCCGAAUUCCUUAGUCCGGAACAGAUUGCAUUCCGCAUCGCCAUCCCGGACACGGCAGCUCAGGCCACGAGCUUCGACGUGCUUCUUCAGAUCGUAGCACCCAAGACGGUUGGCUGGGCCGGCAUUGCCUGGGCGGGGCGGAUGGUCAACAAUCCACUCACCAUUGCCUACUCGGACGGUGGCAGCGGCGUCACUGUCAGCAGCCGCUGGGCUUCGUCCAAGUCCUCCCCUUCACCGUACUCCGGCGCAUCGUAUGAGACACUCCCAAUGUCAACGACAAACGCCACACACUGGCGCCUAGAUGCCAUCUGUACCGGAUGCAGCUCUUGGCAUGGGGGUGAACUGGAUCCUGCGAGCAGCACGGCGGCAAUUGGAUGGGCCAUGGCGUAUGCAGCGCCCACGCAACCAGCAAACAACACCAGCUCCAUCCGCUACCAUUCUAGCAGGGACCGUAUCAGCUUUGACCUGGCUGCUGCCAAGAUUGCCAACUUCAAUGAAGCGGUUAAUUCUCUGAGGGGAAGUGGUGCCGGGACUGUUUGA